GUUUCCAUCUGGCUAGGAGCACGCGACGAGAGCAUGGAGUCCAUCAUGGAGAACCUCAUCGGGUCCUACGACCAGCGCAACGCCAAGGCGUGGCGCGACGAAGACAUGACCCAGCGCAGCCAGGAGCUGCAGUGGCGCCAGGACGACCUUCGCCGCGAGAACGAGUGGCGCAUCGAAGACAUUCGCCGCCUCCGCAUCCAGGCCAAGCUCGAGAACGAACGGCGCCAAGCAGAUACGCGCGCGGAACAGCUCUCGGCCAUCUCGGAGCUCGGCGCGCUCCUCGGCGGCUUUGCGCUCGUCUCGAUCAUCAACGUCAACGUGCCCACGGACAUUGACUUGACGCUGCUGGCGGUCUAUGGCUGCGUCUCCGCCCUCACGAUCUGCUGCAUGGUCAUUUCGCUCAUCAUGUGCGCGAUUCUACUCCUCGCCGUCACACGCUACUCGGCCCAUGAGCUCGAGUACGACGUUCGGAUCCUCAAGGACGAGGAGAUUGACAUGGACUCGCCGUUCCACAUUUGGUGGCUCAAGAAAUGCGAGACCGACUGGGCACUCGGCUACCUCCUCUUUCGAACUGGCGUCACGCUCUUCCUCAUUGAGCUCGGCGUCGUCUCGUGGGUCCAAUACAACUUGUACCAGACGACGUCGAUUAGCAUCUCGAUCGUCGCGGCCAUUGGUAUUCUCAUCUGGCAAUUCCGCAUUCUGAGCCGAUGGCGCUACCUCAUGAAGCUGCCUGCGAUCGAGGUGCACGGGCCCAUUGACAUCACGGUCACGGCCGCGUCACCACGCCGAGCGCACUAGCGUAAUGGUCUAGAAACACGCAAGCGUUGUCUGUCG